AUGGCAGACCUCAGACACAGCACCGAUGGGCCCAGCCCACUUUCUGAAGAAGGUUACGACGAGUCCCUCCUCCCAGACUACGACCGCGAUUUCCUGUCCGAGGAACACCUGCAAGCCUUCGCAUACGCGCUCAGCGCCCCGGAUCCCAGCCCUUCCACUGAGGAUCUGCUGUCCCCCUUGCCGUCAUCGGGCGGGCUGAACGGUGGAUACCCGAGCCCGAGCAUGGGACGCGGGAGCAUGGACAGCAGCCGCGGUAGUAAGGGCAUGCGAGAGCGAGAGAGCCUGUUCAUCACGGCGCAGAACGACUGGGCGCCUGUGAAUCCCGUCCGCGGCAGCAAAGGCAAGGGGCCCAAGAAGGGCAAGGGGAAGAGCAGGCGGAAACAACAUCAGCGCCGGAGCAGCGACGAGACGCGAGAGGGCUAUCUGUACACGCUGCUCAAGUGGCCGCUGCUCGGCGUCGUCUGCGCCUGGGUGGCUGGCCUCGGCGUCAGCUACAUUUUCACGCGGCUGUAUAUCUGGCUGUAUGAGCACUUUGUCGCGUGGAGGGGGAAGAGGGAGAAGCUGAGGCAGAAGCUGCAGGGUACGACGAAUUAUGCGGAUUGGGUCCGGGAGGCGAAGGAGCUGGAUGCGUUUCUGGGGAAUGAGAGGUGGAAGCUUGACGAAGAAUAUGCGUAUUAUGAUCAUAAGACUGUGAGGAGGGUGUGUGAGCAGAUGAGGAGAUGCAGGAGGACGAUUGAGGGGGGUGAUUCGGCUUCUGGGGCUGGGUCAGGAAAGGAUGGAGGGCAGCAUGGGGAUUCGGGGACGGAGAAUGCGGUUGAGGAUCUUAAGGCAUUGGUGGAGGCGUGUGUGAAGAAUAAUUUCGUGGGCGUGGAAAACUCGAGGUUGUACUCGCAGACGUAUUACGGUACUAAGAAUCUGGUCCAGCAGUUUGUAGACGAGGUGGAGAAGGCUGUCACCAUAUUGGUCAAUACGAACGAACUGGGAUCGGAGGAAAAGCGGACCCUGUUCAAGCGCUUGCAUACCAAUUAUGGAAGGACGGCUUUAUGUUUGUCUGGAGGAGGGUCCUUCGCUUAUUACCAUUUUGGUGUCGUCAAAGCCUUAUUAGAUGCCGACUUGUUGCCGGAUGUUAUAACUGGAACGUCCGGCGGAGCUCUCAUCGCGGCAUUGGCCGCAACCCGGACAAAUGAGGAGCUCAAGAAGCUAUUGGUCCCGGCUCUUGCUGGAAGAAUUACUGCCUGUUCGGAUGGCUUUACUACUUGGGCUCCCAGAUGGUGGAAGACUGGUGCUAGAUUUGACUCCUUGGACUGGGCCAGGAAGUGCUCUUGGUUCACCAGAGGGAGCAUGACUUUUAAAGAGGCAUACGAAAGGACUGGGAGAAUACUGAACGUCUCUUGUGUCCCGGCUGAUCCUCACUCGCCUACUAUCCUCACCAACUACCUCACGUCGCCAGACUGCGUGAUUUGGUCCGCAGUCCUGGCAUCCGCCGCCGUCCCAGGGAUCCAGAAUCCCGUCGUCUUGAUGAUGAAGAACCGUGAUGGAACACUGGCCCCUUACUCCUUCGGCCACAAAUGGAAAGACGGCAGUCUGCGCACCGACAUCCCGCUCAAAGCCCUGAACUUGCACUUCAACGUCAACUUCAGCAUCGUCUCGCAGGUAAACCCGCACAUCAAUCUCUUUUUCUUCUCUUCUCGCGGCUCGGUCGGCCAGCCUGUUACCCAUCGCCGCGGCCGCGGCUGGCGUGGCGGAUUCGUCGGCAGCGCUAUCGAGCAGUACCUCAAACUCGACCUCAAUAAAUGGUUAAAGGUUGUCCGCCACCUGGAGCUCCUACCACGACCGCUGGGGCAGGACUGGAGCGAGAUCUGGCUCCAGCAGUUCUCGGGCACCAUCACCAUCUGGCCGCGCUCCAUCAUCUCCGACUUCUGGCGGAUCCUCUCCGACCCGGACCCCAAGCAGCUCUCCCGCAUGCUGCACGUGGGCCAGCAGUCGGCGUUCCCCAAGCUCAAGUUCCUCGCGAACCGGCUGAAGGUGGAGCGCCUGAUCGAGCGCGGGAGGCGGCAAACGCGCGUCGGGGGGUUCCGCCGGGGCAGCAUCGAGAGUAUCAUCAGCGAGGACGAUAUCCGAAGUUUGCUGCUGAAGGGGGAGGGCAAUCUGACGGGCACGGAGGGCGAUACGGAUGGUGACGGUGACGGUGACGGUGCCGGUUAUGGUUACACCGAUGCUGUGACGACGGAUGACGAGAUGGAUGAGAAGGAGGGGUCGGUGGCGAGCGGGUCGGAGGAGGCGUUGCGGAUGGAUCCGGCGGCGGCUUGA